AUGUUCACAGUUACAGAUAUGACCCGGUCACAGUGGUGCAUGCUAGGAGUGAUCACACUGCUGCUGCUGGCUCAGAUCACCACCAGCCAGCUGUGCAAGUCCCUCAUCACCAUGGUAGAUGCCUUCCACACACUUUUCAUCCUGGUGCACAUGGUGCUCCCUCGGCCUCCGACCGCAGACCUCAUCAAACCUCCUGCAUCUCCUUCACAUGCUGCUUCCUCUUUAGGGGAGCAGCCUGCAUCAGCUUCAGAUGUUAAACAUUCUGUCCAUGAAGCCUCUACACUUUUCUCCUCUACAACAACCUCACCCACAGCUCCAAGCUGCAGUCUGUCCUUUCCCGGCAGCAGGAUGCAGGCUUUGGGUGUUUUCAUUUCAGCGCUCCUCCUGACCUCUCUCUGCAUUUCUUACUUCUUGGAAAUCAUCAGUCAGAUACUGGACCCCCACCCAGUGCAGCUACCCCUGCUGCCUGUGGCGGUGGGAGUGGCCGGUCUGCUCUGUAAGGUGCUGCCGUUUGUCCUGAACUGGGAUCAGCUGCGGGAUGGGAGGUGGGCAGAGAGCUUCGACCAGGCAGAGGCUGGAUCUCACCUGCGAAUGAGCCCCAAAGGACAGGCAGGAGGAGCCUCACAAGGCCAAGGGGAGGCCCAAACUGUCGUCCAGUCAAACAUUCCUGCUGCUCACGACUCCCUCCACAGCGUGCCACUUGUCCUCUGUAAUCCAGGGACAUCCAGCAUUCCUGAUAUCAACUGUAAAAAUCAGCAAAAACAAGAAAUCCUCAGUGCGAGCCAUUCUAACACCUCCUGCUGUGAUGGACACCCUGAUGAUCCAAAUACCAGUUCAGUCUGCAGGUCAUCUCCUCUCCCUGAAACGUCUGUACGAAACAGCUGCAGGACACUCUGCCUGCUGUCUUUUGUCUUUGUCAUUCGGGGACUUUUUACUUCUGUCCUGGCUUUGAUCAACAGCCUGGUGACGCUGUUCAUCGCCUCUCAGUUCCUGCACUGCUCUGCAGCCAGCAGCAUCCUGGUCUAUCUGGAUCCAGGUCUGUCUCUGUUGGCUGUGGUCUCACUGAUAGCUGCAGCAGCUCCACAGGUGUACAGAUUAGGACUGCUGCUGCUCCAGGCCUCACCUCCACACGUGUCUGUGUCUGACCUCAGGAGGAGGAUCGUAGAUGUGCCUGGAGUUCAAAACGUGCACGACCUCCACAUCUGGCAGCUAACGGAGUCCCUGGUGGUGGCCUCAGUCCAUGUGCACUGCUACGCUGGGCUUCCAGUGCACAGGUUUGCUGAUCUGAUGUCAGGUAUCACCAAGGUGCUGCAGAACGUAGGUGUGAGCUGUUGCACCAUUCAGCCAGAGUUUACUACCUCUGGGCCACCUUCAUGCAGCGAGGGCAACCCCAAAAGGAACACCUGCCCGCCCCCUCCUCUCCCAACCUGCAGCCUUGCCUGUAGGAGGGCCUGUGCUGCACAUAUGUGCUGCUCUCUUCUAGAGGAGACAUGGAGUUUGCUGAGACCUUCAGCUGUGGAAACAAGGGACGAGCCUCAGAAUCUGGUCAUCGAGAACAUGUUCCUCUGAAUGAUCCUUAUGUCUUGUUUUCAGCUCUAAUGUGAGGAGGAGCGUGGGUCAGCGAUGUGAAUCAUAUAUUAUUUUUGUGACAUCAACAGAAGCUACAAUGUCCAAAGUUUGCAUCAUUUUCAUAUGAAAAUUUGUACCGUGAAGCUCUACGUGUCUGGUCUUGAAUAAAAUAAAUGAUUAAACAUGUUGUAUUUCAUCUCAUAUGAUAAAUUAUGACUCACAGUUUCAAUCCACAUUUGUUCAGAGAUGAUCUAUUCCUCUGUGUUGUAAAGGUUUCAUUUAGCAAUUGAUUUUAAAGUCAUUAACUCUCUAAAAUACAUGAGUGGAAGUAAUGUUAUUUGUUGCAACUUAUUCUACACACAUUUUGUUUCCAUAAAUAUGCUAUUUUGUCAUUUCUCAUAUCUCAAUCAAAUGUAAAAACUAAAACCAUUUAAGUGCAAAUUUACCAUCUAGGAAACAUUUUGUCAUGAGCUAAAAAAUGGGGGCGGUUUUCAGUUCCUGUAAUUAUGCUGUCUAGAUUGAUUAUGUACCUGUGAAACCAAAGGAAGGAAGACAACUCAACAUGUGAACAUAAACAACUGUAUGAGUGAAAAAAAGCUAUUCCAUUUGUGUUUGUAAAUUUUUGAAAAGUUGGCCUGCCAAGCCAGAAUAAA